UUCUUCUUCUUCUUCUUCACGUUCUCUUCGUUAUUCGUGUAGGGUCGCCUGGCCGUUCCUCGUUUCGCUCCGGAUGACGCUAGGGACGAAGCGGUUCCUCGGCGCGAACUCGGCGGUCUCCUUUUCGCGGGGAUGAUGAAGCGUCGGAGGUGGUUUUCUUGAAGUGAAUUUUCCAGAUAUCCAGACAUAGGAUGCUGUAGAGUGACAGGUAGAGGCGACAUGGGGAGUGGAUUCAAGCCGUCAACCCCCACUUCCCUUCCACAAGUGAAUGAAGACCUCACACCCCAUAUGCUAAAGAAUGAAUUUGAUGGCUCUACUGAGAUGGUCGGUCAAUUGAGUAAUGAUGAUGGCGGCAAUCUUCCCUCUCCUUGUACAUCGUCAACAACUCCUGUUCCAAAUGGGAACCCGCAAGGAGCAGCUUAUUCAGACAACAGGGCCUUCCCAUCAGCUAGUACUACCCUCACACUUGGUGACUUCCGGUUCAGUAACAUGACGAGUUCAGUAACUAGAUUCAGUCAUACUAGUGGAUAUAGCAACUCCCCCAUCCUGCAAGGACAAAGUCCGUGUACUCCAGGCAUAAGUUGGAACUCCUUUGGGGUGCCUGAGAGUAGCUCUUAUGGUAAUUCAGUCACAUUGGACAAUUUGAUGAACAGUAGACCCUAUAUCCGGGGUCCUUUGACGUCAAGAGAUUAUGCUGAUUUCAGAGGCAAUGCAAGCGCAGGACUUAGGACAAUUGGACCUACAUGGGCAACAAAUGUAGCGGCAGACCAUGAUUCUGUGGUUGUUAGUAGUGUAGCCGACUCCCCCAUCCUGCAAGGACAAGGUCCGUGUACUCCAGGCAUAAGUUGGAACUCCUUUGGUGUGCCUGAGAGUAGCUCUUAUGGUAAUUCAGUCACAUUGGACAAUUUGAUGAACAGUAGACCCUAUAUCCGGGGUCCUUUGACUUCAAGAGAUUAUGCUGAUUUCAGAGGCAAUGCAAGCGCAGGACUUGGGACAAUUGGACCUACAUGGGCGACAAAUGUAGCGGCAGAUCAUGAUUCUGUGGUUGUUAGUAGUGUAGCUGACUUCCCCAUCCUGCAAGGACAAGGUCCGUGUACUCCAGGCAUAAGUUGGAACUCCUUUGGUGUGCCUGAGAGUAGCUCUUAUGGUAAUUCAGACACAUUGGAUAAUUUGAUGAACAGUAGACCCUAUAUCCGGGGUCCUUUGACUUCAAGAGAUUAUGCUGAUUUCAGAGGCAAUGCAAGCGCAGGACUUGGGACAAUUGGACCUACAUGGGCGACAAAUGUAGCGGCAGAUCAUGAUUCUGUGGUUGUUAGUAGUGUAGCCGACUUCCCCAUCCUGCAAGGACAAGGUCCGUGUACUCCAGGCAUAAGUUGGAACUCCUUUGGUGUGCCUGAGAGUAGCUCUUAUGGUAAUUCAGCCACAUUGGACAAUUUGAUGAACAGUAGACCCUAUAUCCGGGGUCCUUUGACUUCAAGAGAUUAUGCUGAUUUCAGAGGCAAUGCAAGCGCAGGACUUGGGACAAUUGGACCUACAUGGGCAACAAAUGUAGCGGCAGAUCAUGAUUCUGUGGUUGUUAGUAGUGUAGCCAACGGUGCCACCAAUCUUCAGAAUUCUCCCACAAACUUGGGAAUCAUGCAGGCAAAUUCAAGCAGAGGUUCACAAUACUUGUUGCGAGGACAAUCAAGCAAUAACAAUAUUCCUAGUCAUCAGUUAAUGAGGAAUCUUGAGGACCAAAUGCUACUUGCGCCUUUGCUAAAUCAAAGAUCAGAUAGUGGUCAAGUAGGAGAGGACAGUGGUGACAUGUCCAACAUGCUGCAGUUCAAAUCUCCCGAAAAAAUUGAUGGAAGAAUUUUGACCCUUUCAACAGGAACUCACACGGAGAUGAGCUCAAAACCUAUCGUCUCUAGCAGCUGUAGUACUCAAGAAACUGUUGGGAUCAAUUAUCAUGGUCAAAAAGGUAAUCUGCUGCAUCAAGAAAACGGCACAUCUGGAGGCUCUACUCUAUUGCACAAUUCAAAUGGUAACUCUGUAAGCUCCAAUAAUGCCACUUUGUCCAGUAGACACCAAGAAGUCAGGUCAAGCCAGUGCGGCAAUUUACACUUGCAGCAUUGCAAUAAUAGAUGUGUCUAUCCUGGAUCGGGCAAUGGAAACCUAAGUCUUCAAGGAAGCAUGGAUAUGAGAUCUGCAAAUAUAGGUCAAAGUCAUCUAGUUUCAUCUUCAAAAUCACCUGUCAGUGACCACUCUGUACUGCGCGGUUUGGCACAGCAUGGGUCAACUAGGUUUCCAUCUCCAUCUUCUCUGUUUUGUCAGAAUAAUGCUCAAGCAGCUUCUCAUGCAUUGGGGAAUUCUCGUACGCAAGCUGACAGGAAUGUUUCGAGAGUGCCCUCUAAAGCAAUCUCUCCGAGUAACAGCAUCUUCUCUCCUCGUCAUGGUCAGUCCGGUAAUCUAGGACAAAGUUGGGCAAAUCAUGUAGUUAAGCCAGUUCUAAAUCUUCUUAGCUGCAGCUCUACUGGUGCAUUACCAAGCGCUGUUAAGCAACCUGAGCUUCAACAAAUUUCCAAUGUGCCCGUCGGACCAUCUCGUAAGAGGGAGGCACCGCAACUUCCGGUGGCUACUUAUAAUGUGGUUCGCAGGAAGACCCAGCCCAUCACUUCAUCAUCAAUUUCUUCUUCAACACAAACAGCAACACCUUCACAACCUAUCACUCAUUCAUCAGUUCCUACUUCAAGACAAACUGCAACAACUUUACAACCGACCACUAGGUCCUCUACUCCAUGCAUCCCAUCUUCAAGGCCAACUCUGGCGUCUUUACAACCUAUCACCUCGUCAUAUAUACCUUCUUCAAGACAAAAUGCUACUCCUUCACAACCCAUACGCCAGGUUGCUUUGUCUCUGCCCCUUUUGGCCGAGCAGCAUCAAUCCAUUGCAGGUUUCGUCCCAACACCACAAGUUGCGCCAGCAUUUCCUUACCUAGCUCAGCCUAUGCAGUAUGCCCCCGUCCAACAUCAGGGUGCUUUAGCUCAGCCAUAUAUUCCAGUACCAAACCAGGUCACUCCAGUUCUCCCUCACCGAUCUCAAUCUGUAAGGCCUCCUUCAAAUCAACGUCGAAAUUCUCUACCUCGAGCUUCACCUCCUAGGCUCCCUGUGCAUCCAUAUUAUCCACCUCUACCUCGGUAUUCUCCAGCAGCUCAUGCAGGGCUGACUAUAAGGCAGAUUGCUCGACCUACGGCACCUGUAUCACCGGCUGUUCCCCCAAGAAUUGUACCUCAGGCUGCUCGUCCGCCGCCGGGAAAUGCAAAUCCUUCUGCACUUUCUGCGCAUAUAAGAUUGGAAGUUGAAGAUGAAGCUUCCCAGCUCAUUGGACAUAAUUGUCUCCUGUGCAACAGGGAUCUUCGAUAUGUACCAGGAUCAGGUCCUAUCUCAAUACCGUCCCGUCCGCCCACCAUUUCUGUUCUUCCCUGUGGUCACACAUUUCAUGAAUCUUGUUUGGACUGGAUCACUCCUCAAGACCAAGCUAAAGAUCCUCCAUGCGUCACCUGUAUUUUUGGUGAAGACUGAGUCCCGCGCUGCUCAACGGACACAUCAAUUUUUGCCGAUUGUUGACUUUUAACCUCUGCCAUUUUGGAGGCAAUGACCAAAAGUAUAGAGAUAGAUGUUACUGAAGUUUUAUAAGAAGAGUCCAGUACCGGCUGAAUGCAUGCAAUUGUUCAUAUACAAGGAUAACUGGCAUAUAGGUUCUUCGGUUUUUUGUUCGCUGAACAUAUGGGUGUCUUUAGGAGCAAAGCACAUGCUACUAUAUGGCAUAUGCGAGAUACUGAGCAAGGUAUGCUCUGCCAUUGUAAACAUUUUCAAACGGAUUUUGCACCUCUUUUAUGGACAAGAGGACCUUUGCUUUUGGGGAGAUUAA